CGCGCUGCCUGCCUGUGGGAUCAAGUCAUGUGGGCCCUGGAGCUGCCCCUCGUCCUGCUGCUGCUGGCUCUGCCGGGGGCUGGUGCUUUCCCCGAGGCCCUGGCUGCCAAGAACAUCUCCCAGAAGGAGGCCGAGUUUGACAAAAGCUACACGGACUUUGUGAACAGCGAACUACUGAACAUCUACACCUUCAACCACACCGUGAUGAGGAACGGGACGGAGGGCGUCCGGGUGACGGUGAAUGUGCUGUCUGAGCAGAAGGAGACGCCGGUUCUCUUCGUGGUGAGGCAGAAGGAGGCGGUGGUGUCGUUUCAGGUGCCGCUGAUCCUCAGGGGCCUGUUCCAGAGGAAGUACCUGUACCAGAACGUGAGCCGCACGCUGUGCCAGCCCCAGACCAAGAACGAGUCGGAGACACAGUUCUUCUAUGUGGAUGUGUCGACGCUGUCCGUGAGGAACGCCUCCUACCAGCUGCGGGUCACCCGCGUAGAGAACUUCGUGCUGGGGACGAACGAGCGGUUCAGCUUUAAUGCCACAGCAGCCCAGCCGCAGUAUUUUAAGUACAUGUUCCGGGAGGGUGUGGACUCGGUGAUCGUGAAGGUGACCUCGCGCAUGGCCUUCCCCUGCUCCGUCAUGUCCAUCCAGGACAUCCUGUGCCCCGUCUAUGACCUGGACAACAACGUGGCCUUCAUCGGGAUGUACCAGACCAUGACCAAGAAGGCAGCCAUCACGGUGCAGAAGAAGGAUUUCCCCAGCAACAGCUUCUACGUCGUGGUGGUGGUGAAAACGGAAGACGAGGCCUGUGGAGGGCCCCUGCCUUACUACCCCCUCACCAAAGAUGAACCAGUAGAUCAAGGCAGUCGGCAGAAGGCGCUGGACGUGAUGGUGUCGCCUGCUAUUACCUCGGAGGUCUACGUCAGCGCCAUGCUCUUCUGCCUGGGGAUCUUCCUCUCCUUCUACCUGCUGACACUGCUCAUCGCCUGCUGUGAGACCUGGAGACAACAGAAGAAGAGAAAAGGGCUCCUGGCUGCCAUGGACACACCCACCACAGACACCGCGUCUUUACUGGGGCAUCCGCGCAUCACCCCGGACUCCCUCCUGGGUCACCCUCCCUACCACGGCUACGGCUCUUUGGAGAACAGUUCCACCCUGAGCACUGAGGGCAUCACCGAGAGCAUGGGCUCCACGGACAUCUCCUCUGGGUACACAGGGCUUGACCGCUUCAAGCGACGCGUCCCCUCCAGCCAGAUGAGGCACCUGUGCAUUGCUAUGGAGCGCUCCCUGGAGAACGUGGCCAGCCGGCCCCGCCUGGACUCCCUCAGCUCUGUGGAGGAGGACGACUACGACACGCUGGCGGACAUAGACUCCGACAAGAACGUCAUCCGGACCAAGCAAUACCUGUACGUGGCAGACCUGGCCCGGAAGGACAAGCGUGUCCUGCGGAAGAAAUACCAGAUCUACUUCUGGAAUAUUGCCACCAUCGCUGUGUUCUACGCCCUCCCUGUCAUACAGCUGGUCAUCACCUACCAGACGGUGGUGAACGUGACGGGGAAUCAGGACAUUUGCUACUAUAACUUCCUGUGCGCCCACCCCCUGGGAAACCUCAGCGCUUUCAACAACAUCCUCAGCAACCUGGGCUACGUGCUGCUGGGCCUGCUCUUCCUGCUCAUCAUCCUGCAGAGAGAGAUCAACUACAACCGGGCGCUGAUGCGCAACGACCUGCAGGCCCUGGAGUGUGGCAUCCCCAAGCACUUCGGCCUGUUCUACGCCAUGGGCACGGCGCUCAUGAUGGAGGGGCUGCUCAGCGCCUGCUACCACGUCUGCCCCAACUACACCAACUUCCAGUUCGACACUUCCUUCAUGUACAUGAUCGCGGGACUCUGCAUGCUGAAGCUGUAUCAGAAACGGCACCCGGACAUCAACGCCAGCGCGUACAGCGCCUACGCCUGCCUGGCCAUCGUCAUCUUCUUCUCCGUGGUCGGCGUGGUCUUUGGCAAAGGAAACAUGAUGUUCUGGAUUUUCUUCUCCAUCAUCCACAUCAUCGCCACCCUGCUGCUGAGCACGCAGCUCUACUACAUGGGCCGCUGGAAACUCGACUCCGGGAUACCGCGCAGAAUCGUGCACGUGCUGUACACAGAUUGCAUCCGCCAGUGCAGUGGGCCCAUGUACGUGGAUCGAAUGGUGCUGCUGGUCAUGGGCAACAUCAUCAACUGGUCGCUCGCUGCCUACGGACUCAUCGUCCGACCCAACGACUUCGCCUCCUACCUGCUGGCCAUCGGCAUCUGCAACCUGCUGCUCUACUUCGCUUUCUACAUCAUCAUGAAGCUCCGAAGCGGCGAGCGCAUCAAGCUCAUCCCCCUGCUCUGCAUCAUUUUCACCUCCGUGGUGUGGGGCUUCGCCCUCUUCUUCUUCUUCCAGGGUCUGAGCACGUGGCAGAAAACGCCAGCCGAGUCCCGGCAGCACAACAGAGACUGCAUCCUGCUCAGCUUCUUUGAUGACCACGACAUCUGGCACUUCCUCUCCUCCAUCGCCCUGUUCGGCUCCUUCCUGGUGUUGCUGACGCUGGAUGAUGACCUGGACUGCGUCCAACGGGACAAAAUCUAUGUCUUCUAGGCCCUUU